GAGCGAACCUUUUAGAACUCCGAGACACAAUAUUCUGUUACAUUGUAGCAAAAUGGCGACUGUCAUUCACAACCCUCUGAAAGCUCUUGGGGACCAGUUCUACAAAGAAGCCAUAGAGCACUGUCGCAGCUACAAUUCCCGGCUCUGUGCUGAACGUAGUGUCCGUCUUCCUUUCCUCGACUCGCAAACUGGUGUAGCUCAGAAUAACUGUUACAUUUGGAUGGAAAAGAGGCAUCGGGGACCAGGACUUGCACCAGGUCAACUUUAUACGUAUCCUGCUCGUUGCUGGCGCAAAAAGAGACGUUUGCAUCCUCCUGAGGAUUCCAGGCUGAAGCUGCUGGAGAUUAAACCUGAAGUUGACCUGCCUCUGAAGAAGGAUGGCUUCACAUCAGAGGGGACCACACUGGAAGCUUUGUUGCGUGGCGAAGGGCUUGAAAAGAAAAUAGAUACUAAAGAGGAAGAUACUCUACAAGAAAUCCAGAGGGUUUUGGAAAAUGAUGAAAAUGCAGAUGAAGCAAACGAGGAAGAAGAGAUGGAAGAAGAUAUUCCAAAACGAAAGAACAGACCCAGAGGACGGGCUCGGGGUUCUGGAGGUGGCAGGAGAAGAAAUGAUGUUUCUUCCAUGGAUGACCACGAUAAACCCUAUGUUUGUGACAUCUGUGGCAAGCGCUAUAAAAACAGGCCUGGUUUGAGCUACCAUUAUGCUCACACUCACCUUGCAAGUGAAGAAGGGGAUGACGCUCAGGAGCAGGAGACACGCUCCCCACCUGUCCACAGAAAUGAAAAUCACAAACCCCAGAAAGGACCAGAUGGGGCCAUCAUUUCCAAUAACUACUGUGAUUUCUGUCUUGGUGGAUCUAAUAUGAACAAAAAAAGUGGACGGCCAGAGGAACUUGUCUCAUGUUCAGACUGUGGGCGCUCUGCUCAUUUGGGAAGAGAAAGCAGGAAGGAGGAAGCAGCGGCAGCUCACACUACGGAGGACUUGUUCGGUUCCACCUCUGAAAGCGACACCUCAACUUUUCAUGGCUUUGAUGAGGAUGAUUCAGAAGAGCCUGUUUCAAACCAGAGCAGCAGUUCCCCGUCUGCAAAGAAAAAGGGCAGCUGCUAAAAUAGCCCAUCACACACAAGCUCUAGGAGUGACUUCCUGCCCUUUUUGCUACUUUUACUCUUAUUGUUGCUACUGCAUUUUAAAAAAAAAAUAGACCUAUUUUUACCUUUGAGUGUCUACACUGAAAGCACAACCAUCUAAUAUUAUAGAAAACUUCUUUUUGGGAAAAAAAAAAUUGGCUAGUUUAUUUUCAUUAUUCCCCCUCCUUUCUUUCUCUUUGCAAACCUGAAAUUGUGGGUGUCCUGUAAAAAGAAAAGAAAAAUAGUAAAUAAAGAAACAGAAGAGAGGUAAUUUACUCAUCUUUUAAUAUAUAUCAGUCAGACUUCAAAAAUUAAAAAAUGAGAAAAGUUGGAGACCAGGACCCCACCUCAAAUUGUGUUUUAAAGUAUUUAUUUAUAUAUUCUAUAUAUUAUUAGAAAACAGACUUUUGAGAUUAAGAAAAAAAGCAAUGAUGUCUACUUGAUAUUCUAAAUGUACAGAAAAAGCUGUACGUACAGCUAUGGUAUGGAUUAUGAAACAGCUAUGAUAUGGAUUAUUCCAGAUGAAAAGGAGACCCAAACACUUACCAGUGUGACUUUGGCACUGUGAAAAGUUUGCACACUGGAUUUUGUGACUUCCCCCUUUGUACUUUUGCCAUCUUCAUCUUUAACUGUUUGGAGGAAAAAAAGGCAAGGAAAAUCCAGAAAGUUCAUAAAACAGAAAUUUCCUGCCUCCUUUCUCGGGACACAUUUGUACUCCUUCAAGAAUGCCUCAUCUCUCACACCUUGGCAUCUUUUUACCAGGCAUUGCCUCGUUGUUGUUUUUCUUCUCCACCUCCUUCUCCACCGUCUACAUUGUGGAAAAUAAUUUUCCCAAGCACAUGGAUGGAAUACACCAUUAAGUCACAGAUUCUGCAAAGAUGAGACAAAGGAUGUGAAUCUUGAAAGAAAUUAAAAUGAAAAAAAAUACCUCACGUUUCUUUUGUUUUACUUCUUAAAAAUAAAGCAGAAACCCAUUUAGUCUUAUUUUUGAUAGCUCCUCUUGAAAUAUACCAAAGCAAUACUCACUAAUCUUCAAAGGGCAGCAGAGAAGAUAGAAUCUCUUUCUCAUUUGCUAUUCCAGCAGCAUGGAGUUGAGCAGGAGGAUUAAAAGAUGAUGAUCCUGUGCUCAUUGGAUUCCGAAUCCAUCAAGAAAACUGUGGAAGAAGCCAAGUAAGAUUAGCCAGGAUGCUCUGAUCUUCCUCUCCUUGCCUGAUCUUUUCACAACCUGUGUCACCUUUCACAACCUGUGUCACAGGAGCCUGGACUGGGAAAUGCCUGCUGGCACUUGCUCAGAGAAGUCUUGGGGUUUCCCUAAGCUUGUGCAAUACAAAGAUAAUCCUUACAUUUUUAAAAACAAACCAUCUUUUUUCUUUAAGUGUUGUGUGAGUUAGUGUGUAUGUUUGUAUAUAUAAGACCAGGUCAAACUGGAGCUGAUUGACAGUAGAAAUGACUGAAAACAACGUAGAAAUUUUUAAAAUAAGCUCAACAAAAACAGAACAGGUUAUGUUAUUUAUUUCAAUAUUUAAGAGAGAAAAGUAGGGCUGAUGUUGCACAGUAUUUUUCUUUCGUUUAAAAUGCAUUUAAUUUCAAGAUUUAAAAUAUUUUUUGUGUGAAAAAGGGACUUUUUCAAUAGUGUUUAAUGUAAGAUAAAGACUAUUUGCUUUCAGGAGAAGCCUUUUUAAGUUAUAAAAUAAAGAUUAAACUCUGCUCUCUCUUACUUUAAAGAUGCCAUUCGUACACAUGCCGGGUGUUUUUAUUUUUUCAAAGUGGACGUGGUAAGUUCAAAGUUGUUCUGGCUCGUUUUUCUGAAUGUCUGCUAAUGUUUCAUGUGUGAAUGUAUUAGAAUAAGCAAAAGAAUUUUAAAAAAAUUAAAAAUAAAGAAACAAACAAAUGAACAAAGUAUUCUGAAGAGGACAUGCUGGAGUCUGGACAGUUGUCAUCUCAGGGGCAAAGUACAGCCUACCAGGAAUAUGAGAGAAAGCUUAGAAAUUACCAUUUCUCAGCAAUAACACCACUAAAGCUAGGUGCUUUUAAAAGAAAAGGGAUUCUGUUGCAUACAUAGUUAUCUUCUUGAGUGAAUAAUUCAUGCCAAAACCUGCUUGCAAAUAAAAAUAACCAACAAAACCUAUAUUUUGGGAACUAGGUAAUUGGGACAAUACAUUUGGAGAUAAACCCAUGUUACCAAAAUUGUUUGAAGAAGCAUUUGAAAAGGUAUUUGGGAAUAGCUGGGGACAUUCAAAAGAUAAACCUUCAUUUACCAGCAGAAUUCAUUCAAUGGGAGCUAACCACUAGUCUUACUUAGGGCUGAAACAGACUCCUGUAAGACUUUACGCUGCCUCUUUGACCGCCAGAUUGGGGCCACAGCAACCUCAUACUGCAGCCCCUAUCCGGCAUUUUUCACGCCGAAAAAAGGCUCCAUCUGCCACAGAGGUGACUUUGCAACAUUUCUGAGGCAUGGCGUGUGUAAAUGCUGCAGAAUUUCCAUGAUACCACCUACUGUGUGGUCAAUGGGGUGGCAUGACGCUGGCAUGGGGACAGCACCGGGUCAUGUGCCAUGCAUAUGCCACAUCCCCACACCUCCCUGAAGCUGGCAUUUUUUGCCUGUCUGUUUUGGCCCCAAGUCUCUCUAUUGUCAUUCCUUAAGCUCUACAUGUGACAAUGUGACAACUGGUGCUCUCAGGAUGACUUUUUAGAGGUCUUCUCCUGGAAGCCUGCAUAGGGAAGAGUUGCACUGGAACAGUGUAUCCUAAUAAAUUUUGGAGAAUGAUGUAUGAGCAACUAUGGAAAGUUACUUAGCUAAUCCAUUCUAAUUUAACUUUUUCAGGUAUUUGUGUUCACCAGAUAGUAUAAAAAAGUUGAUUGUACAAAUGGGCAACAGUGUCAUUGAAUUUUACCAUUCAGUGUGAUUCUGUGCAUAUUGAUUUAUCAAUAAGUCUCAGUGAGCUACAGUAAGACUUACUCCCUACUUAAAUAUGCACGUGAGUGAUAGGGGUGUCAUAUUUGAGUAUCACUUAUUAAAGAUGGUGCAUGACCAUUCUUUUCUAACUUAAAUGUGAAAGUUUCUCUUUUGAAAUCUGAUAAGCAGUACUCAGCUCUGGUGCUAGACUUGACUGCAACUUCCACAAUCUGCAGCCAGUAUGAUUAGUUGCUUUGGUGACUGGAAGAUUAUGGGAGUCAUAGUGUCUUGGUUCUAGUGGCACAUACCAGGCCAGUAGCUUCACAGGAAAGCCCAGAGCAGAUAAAGAAAAUUCAAGAAGCUGAGCCAUGGUGAAUUAGACAAGAUGAAACAGAACUGGGGUCAUAGCAAGAUCAGGUUUUAAAAGAGAUAGAUGUCAUCGUUAAGUCAAGGCAGGAUAACCAAUGGAGCAGGGAUUUUUAGAAAGCAAGCAGCCAAGAAAGUUCUAGGUCAUAAGUGGCCUUCAUCAGUCUUUCUACCACAGACAGCAGUUUGUACACAGAUGCUGCCAAAUUCCAGCCAUGGCACAACUGUACCUGAUCAAGAGGCUGAUAGAAGAUACCCUCAACAGAAGCAACCCCUGCUCCUGUGGAGUCUUCUACUGCAGCUUUGCACUUGCAGUUCUCUUUCAGUGCCGCUUCCUUGGACUUGACAGUUGCUCUGCCUCAACCUCUGCUGGACAAAUCCCCUCAUUUAUUUCCUCCUGAAGUCCCAGGCUCUUCCUCAGUCUCCUGGCAUUCUGUUUGUGUCUCUGUGUGUCCAACUAGGACUCCUCAUAUGAUGAGGAAUUUCACAGUUGGAACAUGACAUACAGUCCAAAAAAGUAACUUUCCCAAGUUCUUCUACACAAUCACCACACUUGUCCACUAAGCUUCCUUGGGAAUCUAGGAUGGUGGCAUCAUCAUGUUGAAAUACAUUAAAGUUGCACAGCAGUGGCCUUGCAAUACCUAGUUGCUAUCUCAGGGAUGAUGGGUAUUAGAACAUUGUUAAAUACAGCCCAGAAGAGCACCAUAUUAAAACAAAUGAAGUAAAUGAACUCUGCAUUGUGUAAUCAAAUAAAUCCAAGAGCUAGAGCUACAGUACAUUGCAAUGGCCCAGUAUGUUGCUAAAAUCAAAAGUGACCCCUGUAUCCCCAUCUACCCAUGGCAUCAAUUGUAGAAUAUUCAGAAUUGUAGAAAGUUAGUGAAUAUUAGCUGGAAAUUUGCAGGCUACAAUUACACUGUCAUUUUUUAAAAAAAGAUUCCAGUUAAAGAGCAAAAGAAAAAAAAAGGAACAUCCAUAUUGAAGUUCUGCAAACUGUACUAUUUGUGCUUUGUGUUCAUAUAGAAUCUAAUUCUAAGGCACCUCCUGUUUACUUCUUUGUAAAUAUUUAUUUACCCAAGGUUUUUUUUAAAGAAAAAUUUGUAAAACUGCAAUUGCUGUACAUAGUUUUUAAAGUCCUCAUUGUUUACAAUGCUGUUCUCCAUGCUGAAAAUAAAACUUCCUUCUCUAUUUCUUUUUGUUAUCUUUUUCCAUCUGGAAAAAUAUUUUUUUCUUCCUGAAAAAAAAAGCACGUCAAAACGGGACACAGAAUUUAAUAUAUCUUUUUGUUUUCCAUAGACUUGGUCUCUAAAAUCAUUACCCUGCUACUGUGACAUUUGAGAAGGCACCAGCAUAUUUAAAGCUGUCUCAUACUGACCAAAACCUUUAUCCAUGGAGUUGGCUGUUGUCUAGUCCAAGGGUGUAGAACAUGUGGCCAUUUGUACUGGCUAUACUGUAUGGGCCCAAUAACAUCUGGAGGCCACAGAUUCCUCACCUCUGGGCUAGUAUAAAUUACUGACAAGACCGGGGUUGCCCCAGGACUGCUUUCAGAGAAACUCAAUGUGCUGAUGUCAGUGACUGAAACCAACACCUUCAGCAAGCAAAUACUAUUAAGUAUAAGCAAUACAACUAAGAAUAUAAGCGGAGUGGUUUAAGUGUUGGACUUUGACUCUGGAGACUAGGGUUUGAUUCCCAGCUCAGCCAUGAAACCCACUGGGUGAC